AUGUCUGAAGCAGACCACCGAAAACUCCUUUCACUUAGGUCUGAACUGACCUUACUAUUACAAUCAAUAGCUACUAAAUCACUAGGGUGGAAUAAGCAACUAUUCUAUGCCCAGGGGAAUAGGUGUGGGAAACUCCUAGCCAAUGCACUCAAACAAAGACAAGGGAGAACAUACAUCCCUCAAAUUAAAACAGCUAACAACAAAACAGUACAAACAAAUGAAGAAAUAGCGAACACAUUUAGGGAAUUUUACCAUUCGUUAUAUAAUAUAACAAAGACAACACAGAACAAGGAGAUGCUUCAGACCCAUUUAGCAUACAAAUUUGACAGAGUACUCCCCCAGAUACUGACCAGGUCCUUGGAUGAGCCAUUCACAUUAACAGAGCUCAUAAACACAGUCAAAUCCACCCCCUCGG